UCUCUUGAACGCAAAUUUGUACUGAGAUCUACAAAAUAUAGUGAGCGAUGGGUUGCAGAAAGUAGGUAAAGCCGGUCCUGGCCUCAGAAGGCAGUACAGACGCCGCGCAGGCAUCAUCAACACUCUCCAACCUGUUCAUUCUCCAGCAAUCUUCACAAGACCGUUGUACACAAACUGGAUUAAAGUUAUUUAUAGCAAAGUUGUGUAGCCGCACCGUCAACAGUCCUGCUCCAGUUGGCAUCCAUGAAGGACGCGGUCUCUGGCGCUCUCUCCCGCUACAGGAUGACUAAGAUGGCGCUGCUGAUGUUUGUGUGUGUGGUGACGGCCGGGGCGUCGGCAGGGGGCUCACGCCAACUACCCUGUCCUGCAGUGAGUGGUCCUAAUGAUGAUGAUGGUUCCAGGGCCAUUAUGGUGCUGGGUGGACGGAUGGCACUCAUUAAGUGCGGGUUGAUGCAUCAAGUGACAGUGUGCCUGAACGGAAGGUGGUCGUCGUCAUCUCCCUGUUUCAAGAAGAUCUCGAACCAAGAGAAUGCGGGAAGAAAAUUGAUAAGGAGACCGAAGCGCUCUCCCAACACAGGGAAGUACGAGGCAUUGAGGAAGAGAGUGAAAGUGCAGCGGAAGAUCCGCCAAGGGCUCUUGGCAACAACCAUUGAUCCCAGUACACCGUCUGUAGUGAGAGUUCGCGCGGGAGGCGACGCCUUCCUGCUGUGUCGGGUGCAGAACGUUGGCGCCCACUCCGUCACCUGGUCACGACUCCGCGAUAGAAGAGUUAUUGCCAUCGACACCUCCGUCCUUGUCAGCGACGCGCGAUUGUCUCCAAGUUUCGAGGAGCAGACUGGGACGUGGUUUUUGAGAGUGACGCGAGUUCGGAAGUUCGACGAAGGCAACUACGAGUGCCAGGUGAGCACAAGGCCGCCGCUGAAGAAGGUGGUGACGCUGCAGGUGAUACCCCGUGGUCAGCCCCUCGACGCUGUGGAGGUCCAAGGUAAACUGUCCAUAAAACUCAGCUCAGUCGAUUAAGGCAGCGUCUGGGAUGCUCUCAGACGUAGGUUCGAAUCCUCGACACGUUCCCUUGUGGACUUGUUGAUUG